CAAGCGGAAACCCUGGCCACUCAAGUGUCAGCGGCACAAUUUCAGCUCGCCUGGAAUUUGUGUUAUGCGUCGCAGCUUCUACACCCUCCCUUUGUACUACUGCUCCGUGUGAUAUUUUGCCUUUUCUAGCUCUUUCUCACGCACACGUAUCGUAAGUUUGACGCUGGACAUGUGGGCGAGUGGUUUCGAAUUGAGCUGUGGCGUCUCCUGAGGCGCACCCUCCUCUCCAUGCCUCCAACUCACGCUUUCGGGCCUCCGUUUGUGGGUGCUGUGUUGUGUGUCGUUGUGCUGCUGUCUCCUCUCUCCUUUCGUCCGCUUACCAAGACCGCGAUUCGCUUCGUGAAACCGCGCAAAUGCCCGCAGUGCCUUGGUGUAGGGAAUAAUCUUUGUUGCCACUGUAAGGGUCGUGGUAAACAAGGCGGCGUCUUCACAGGGGUCCCAUUGCGGAAAUGCUCGGUAUGUGAUGGACGUGGUCGACAGCUUUGUUUGCUGUGUAAAUCGUCAGGUCUCUCCAACCAUUGGCUUUACAGAUUGCGUACGGACAGAGCUAAAUAAAUAAGUCCGAAGUAGUUAGUCAUCGUCUUAUCGCCAUGGCUUACGUGCGCUGUCCCUCCCUUCAUCCCGCACCUCCGCGUCUACUUGUCACUGUACAAGCUGUCGCCAAGCGUAGUCCCAAGCGCCUCAAGUACUCUUCUCCUGCCUCACGCAAGAAUUCCCAGGUCCAAUUGGUACAACUCGAUCCAUCUGGCUCUGAUGUCUGGCGCUUGGAUCCUCUUGUCGAACUCAUAAAGUCCGGGGCUGUGGGAAUCAUCCCCACUGAUACCGUAUACGCGAUUGUUUGUGAUCUCAAGAAUCGGCAAGCCAUUGACCGUCUAUACAGAAUUAAGAACAUGGACCCCAUGAAGCCAUUGAGUAUUCUAUGUAGGUCAUUCCAAGACAUUGACAAAUACACAUUGGGGUUUCCACGAGGCAAUAGCCAUGGCCAAACAAACGUCUUCCGAGCUGCUCGACAGUCCCUCCCCGGACCUUAUACAUUUAUUCUUCCUGCGAGUAAGGAGAUGCCCAAACAGUGCACAACGUUUGGUGGAAGUUCUGCAGUAAGCUGUGCACCACGUAAAAGUGUUGGUGUCCGAAUGCCGGAUGAUGUUAUUUGUGCAGAACUACUCAAACGACUGGAUGAGCCCUUGCUAUGUACCAGUGUGAGACAGCGGUCAGAGGAUGAGUGGAUGCUAGACCCAGUUAUUAUCGCUGAUACCUAUGGUGCCUCUGAAGGCAGGGAGGGCGUCGACUUUGUCAUAGAUGGAGGCGAACGUCUUGCUUAUCCAUCAACAGUAAUAGACAUGACGGGUGAAAAACCUAUUAUCUUGAGACGUGGAAAAGGUCCUGUGGAAGAGUGGAUGCUUAUGGAAUCUCACGACUCAACCGAAGCUGUCGGGAUGGAUGGCUUGCUGAACCCUUAUGCUUAAGUUUCUCUCACCUUUGUAUGUGACGUGUACUAUGCGUAUGUAAAUAGGUCAUUGCUGAGGCUUGGAUUGCGAUAAGCAUGGAAAGCUUGUAAAUGAAGCCUUAUGGUUAUCCCAAUUUGUUACCUCUGUACCUUUUAGCAAAAGAAUCCUUUUUCAUUUUCUAUUUUCGGACACCGUAGCAUUUGUAUGUAGAAUCAGGCAGUUUUAUUGAAAACUGCUAUGCAUGGAUUUUAAUACCUUUUGAUAGGCAUUGGCUGCAAAAUGUGGAAAUGAGGAUGGUAUUCCCAAUUCCAUGGUGAGGUAUUUUUCUGGGUGUUGCCUUUGACUGGGUAACAUUUAUAUAAAACAUUGAGCCCGUAAAUGCUUCAGCAAUUUAAAACUCAUGUAUGUGGGUUUUGUAUACGAGUAAACCAAUAUACUGCACAUAUUUAUAAUU